CUUUAUAUAGCUUACCUAUAGCAUGGAUUGAUUUGAACAAAUGGUAGAAACACAUUUUAAUCCUCCUUUCCUAAAGCACCAUUAAAGAUAACAAGACUAAAAAUAACCAGAUUUUGGAAAAUCUCUGUGAUUUUAACUAUGUUGAAUGAAUAACUCAAGGAUGAUCUGUGAAUGAAGACCUGCAGCAUGUCCAGGAAUAACAGUCAAGCUGCAGUGGACACUCAAAAGUCAGUAAAAUGAUCAGAUUCUUUUACAAGUACAAAGCAGAGACUCUUCUGAUGAAGACAAGCUGUUUUGCAUUUGGCUUAAGUGCAUGAAUUAGUUCCUUUCAGGUGAUCUGCCUGUAACGGCCUCUCCUUUGCGAAGAUAUGCCUUUGAACUCCACAGCACACAUCCUUCCCUGUACAUUAUAAAAUAAUCCAACUGAAGAAACAUGUCUAAAAAUUUGGAGAUAAUAAAUUUGUCAUUUUUAUUGGAAAAUGAAAAGGAAAUUAUAUUGGGGGUUCUGAAGAGAGAUGAGUACUUGAAAAAAAUUGAAGAUAAGAGAAUCAGGAAAUUAAAGAAUGAAUUAUUGGAAGCAAAACGGAAAGGUGGACGGCAUUGCCGACAGGACAACAGUAGGGUCUGCAUUCGCUGUCAAAAAAAUCUGGGCUUAAUCUUUGAUAGAGGGGACCUGUGCCAAACAUGCAGACUCAGAGUUUGCAACAAAUGCCGCGUUGUAGCAAUUGAUGGCAACUGGAAAUGCACUGUAUGUGCUAAGAUUGCGCAGCUUAGGAUAGUAACUGGUGAAUGGUUUUUUGAAGAGAGAGCAAAACGCUUCAAACAGUCUGGCCUUCUUGGUGCUGAUGUCGUCAGACGGUCCAUCUUACGUAAAGUCCCUGAUUCUUCCUCUGACCUGGCAGCAGGAGGAAAACCCAAAGAUCAGUCACAGGCAAGCACAGAGGAUACAUCAAAACCAGACAUGCCAGCUUCCUUUUCAAGUGGAAUGAAAUCAGUCAUCAGUGGGCCCAAGAAAAUAGGGAAGGUCCUCAGGGCAGUAACCAAAGGGGAACUUGUAAAUCUGAAGGCAGAAGAUGGAAGAAGCAUCAACUCAGAUGCAGAUGUCCAGAGUAUACAUAGUGCUGACAGAGAGAGUACCUUUUCACUGGACAUGGAGGACAUACCUGGUUGCCUGAAAGGGACAGUGGGCACGCUAAACAGAAGCAAUGCCUCUACUCCAGUCCACCCUAGGUCACCAGCACUGAGCACACGUAGCAUGACUAUAGAUUACAGCAGGGAUCAUGGAUUAGAAAAUGGCAUAGGUGUGCCUGCAAGUGAAAGUAUACCUAUAGAUUUAGCUAAAAGACACCGUAGAGGAGCCUCUGGAACUCCCUCCAUAGCCGUUUCUAGGACAUCGCUAUCAUCUGAUCAUAGCAGAUCAGAGAGAGAUCUGAGUGGAUCCUUUUCAGAAAGCAAUGAGGAUACUUUAAGCUUAAGGAGUAAAUCUGUACCUGGUGCACUAGAUCAGGAUCUGGAUUACCUAGAUGAGGCAGAUGAGGAUAUUGAUGACAUUGUGGCCACUGGCUAUCCAAAGGCAUGGACCAAUUUGGCCGGUGGAUUGUCCAUGAAUUCUCCUUCAAGUUGUGAUAGGAAAUGGACCUACUUAAAUGUUCCAGAAGCAGAUGCUGACACUACUAGUAUUAAUAGUAUGACGAGUGUCUACAGUGAAACUGGAGACUAUGGAAAUGUGAGGAUCAGUGGUGAAAUAUGUCUCCAAAUCAGCUACAGCUACAAAACAGGAGCCCUUAACAUCCUAGUAAAAAAAUGCAAAAACUUGGCUGUAGCAGAUGAAAAGAAGCAAAGAACAGAUCCCUAUGUCAAAGCAUACCUCCUACCAGACAAGUCUCGCCAAAGUAAGAGGAAGACAAAAAUCAAAAGCAAUAACAUCAAUCCAGAGUUCAAUGAAAUACUGAAGUAUGUCAUCAGCCAUACACAGCUCGAGACUCGGACGCUACAGCUUUCUGUCUGGCAUUAUGACAGAUUUGGGCAUAACAGCUUUCUGGGAGAAGUGGAGAUACCUUUGGAUUCCUGGAACUUUGAAAACCAGGCAGCUGAAUGGUUUGUGCUUCAGCCCAAGGUGGAAGUUGCAACUGAUAUUGGUCUUCACUAUAAAGGAGAGUUGAUAGUUGUCUUACGGUACAUCCCCCCUGAGAGGAACUUAACGCUUCCCCUAGGAGAGUUUCAAGGAAAGAAGAGUUCUAAGAAGGGAAAGAAAGUAAACCCACAAGUGCCUUCAGGAGGCAUAUUAGAAGUUGUCAUUAAGGAAGCAAAGAAUUUAACAGCUGUGAAGUCAGGAGGCACUUCGGACACAUUUGUGAAAGGGUACCUGCUUCCAGACAACAGUAAAGCAUCAAAACACAAAACUCCGGUGAUUAAAAAGAGUGUGAAUCCCCACUGGAAUCACACCUUUACUUUCAGCGGUUUGAAUCCCAGAGAUAUACACAAUGUCUGUGUAGAACUGACUGUCUGGGACAAAGAAUCCCUUGCCAGCAAUAUCUUCUUGGGAGGUGUUCGCCUGAGCACUGGAAGUGGUUUGAGCAAUGGUAAGGAAGUUGACUGGAUGGAUUCUCAUGGGGAAGAGCAGCUUCUUUGGCAAAGGAUGAUUGACAGCCCUGGAGAUUCUGUGGAAGGUGCACUUAUGUUGAGAUCAAGCAUGGGAAAACGCAGGCUGUAAGAGCGUUGUUUGCGCAAGAAUACAUAGCUGGUGUGAUUACAGUAUGAUAGAAUGGAGUCUGUCCUGUGGUGGAGCUUCUUCAGUUAGAGUUUGCACAUGUAAGAAUGGAGAAGACAAAACCUUUUCUUCAGUUUGGACUUUACAUUUGUUGGAAUGGAUUAUAAAUGCAUUCUGCACUUUCCUACAUUAUCUGUUUAUCUGAAACACCACUGAACUUGGUUAAAAUUACCUUCAAGACUUAACUCCGCAGAAGACAAUUAAAGCACUUCUUUUGGUAACUUUAAAAAAAAACAUAUUUUAGGUUGUCAUAGAAAAGCAGUGAUAAAUAAACAAGCCAGAAAAGCUGAGUGAUAACUGUUUAGGCUCAUACAGUAAGAGCAUCACCUCUCAAAGAAGCUGAAUAAUUGGAAUGAGGAAAGGAAGAUUCAGGUUAUAAUCAAGCUGCUGACAUAAUUACUUCCAUCUACUUGCACUUGCAACUCAAAUGCUCAUUUCCUUAAAUGGUUCCCUGUUGUGGGUUUGGUAAUAAGUAAGUCAAGGAUCUCCAGUUCCCUAUUGUAAAACAAGAACUGUUGUGUGGGAGCUUGAUACUAACAGAUAUUACUGCUGUGUAUGGGACAAAAGUCCCAUAAAUCUCAGCAACAGUGCACCCCUUGUAUUUCAGCACUUCAUGUAAAAGUGCCGUUUGGAAAGUUCUAAGCAAUGACGGCAUCUAGUAGGGAAAAGAAACUUCUGGAAAUAGCUGUCAUUAUGACAUCCUUACCCGCCGGUAAAUUUGUUACAAGAAUUUUCAUUUAUAAACCCCUUAGUAAUUUGGUUUGAUUUUAAAACUAUUUUUUUUAAUACUGAAAAAUGAGUCAUUUUCUUUUGCUUUCUUGGGGGCAAAAAACCUGCCCAAAGAUACAAAACUUGAAGCAUGAGAUGUGAGCAUAUUUUUUGUAGCUACAUAGUAAAAAAAAUCAACGGAUUGUCUCGGGAUCUUUGAAACAACCUUGAAUCUGCUCUAGAUAUUCAUAAAAGUAGCUAGUGUCAAGAGCAGCAGGCCACUAUAAAGCAGGUAUGUUUUUAACCCAUUAAAUAGCCAAUUUUCAGUUCUAUCAAGCUAUUUUUAAAAAGGGUGUGUGUGAACUUAAUUUAAAAUAAUAUUAAGCAAUAAAAAUAAUUUGCCAAAUUACUGACAAUGAAAAACAGGGCUACCAUGCCUUUAAUAUGAAUAAAUUUAGUUUUGAUUCAGUAACUAAUAAUAAUAAUAAUAACAUUCAAUUUAUAUACCGCCCUUCAGGAUGACUUAACACCCACUCAGAGCGGUUUACAAAGUAUGUCGUUAUUAUCCCCACAACAAAACACCCUGUGAGGUGGGUGGGGCUGACAGAGCUCCAGAGAGCCGUGACUGACCCAUGGCCACCCAGCUGGCUUCAAGUGGAGGAGUGGGGAAUCAAACCCAGUUCUCCAGAUUAGAGGCCUGCGCUCUUAACCACUAAACCAAACUAGAGAUGCAAAAGCUAUUGGCUUUCUUGUGCUGAAAAUACACAAGGAGAAUGAUGCAUUUAAUAGAUCAGGCAGCUGAAAUACAGCACAUGAAUCAGACCUCAUUUAAGAUGUAAUUGCAUUGUGGUAAAUGGAUAGGUGAUAUAGGAGCAGUGAUUCAGAAACAAUGAUGAUGGCAGCUUGGGUCCAUGUCAGUGUACAAAAUCUCCUUUUAUUUGUUCCAUUUGUUUGUUCCCUGCCUUUCUCAUCACAAAAUGAUCUUGAUGGAAAUUGACACAGCUACCCUAAAGGCUAAUAUUGUGGAUGUAGAUUUGUGGUAACAACUUGUGUGGAAAUUUGUUUGCUUUAACAAUAGAGUAUCCUGCUUGAAACAAAUGUGAGGCAGUAUUUGACCCUUCUGGUUCAGAUUAUUCCAACUGGUUUGCUUGUGAUUGUGAAUCAUGAUACAUAAGAUGUAGAUCAAUUAAGAUCAGGGGUAAAAACCUUCAUGUUUCAUAUUCAGCAGUGAAAUCUAGUUGAGACUAGAUUAACCUUCUAAACUGAUUCAUGCAGAUGAGAUAAGUAGAACCAAACACUGUGGAAAUUUCUGAAAUAUUCACAUUUGUUUAUUGAUACAGAACCAAAUUCCAGGACUUAUAAUAAUAACAGUAUUUAUUUUAAAUAAUGAUCUAAGCAUAAGAUAUUAAAUCAAAAUAUUCACUGACAUUUAACCUCACAGGUUUAAUUUUUCUCCUGUUUAUAGAGUUAUUUUUGAAGUUUUAUUUUAAAAGCCUAAAGACAGAGGAGACCGCUCAAAUAAUAAAUUCUUAAAUUUGAGAGCAUCAUUGUAUGAUUUGAGAACUGGCAUGAUCUGCCAAGAAUACCAAAAAGAGCCCCAUAGAACAGAUUUGUUGAACAGAAAAAUCAUGACAUGUCUCCUCUACUUAUUUCUGUUACAAUUAUGUAAUUGGGAUGUAACAGUGUGGAUCCUGCAAAUUCUAACAGGUAAGGAGGACUAAGUGACAGAGACUUCUAGAACACUUGUCAGGGCGAGCCAUGCUUCAGUUCCCAUGGGGGAUGCCUUUGUCUAUAGAGAUACUGUUUUGUGACGGGCACAUGGAAUCUGCUUUUGGGUGCCAUAUUUAUUAAUCAUCAGUGGUCCUUGUACACUGGUAAUGUGGACAAGGCAGUUUCAACUUGUAAAAAAACUGGAUGUUUCCUUCUCUCACUUAACUGUUAUUUUGGAAAUUGACUAGCACAAUUUAUUUGUGGCAAUAAAUUACAUGAACUGCAUGCUUUAAUAACUGUCCUGGGAAAUUUAAUUGGUUUGUCUUCUGAUGACUGGAGCAGCAGCAGAUUAAAACAUUUGUGUAAUUUACUGAUAUUUUUACCAGCAAAUAUGUUCUGUUGUAUUUGUUAAUGAUAAUUAACGUCCUUCUAGUGUAUUUAUUCCUGUUAAUAGUUGUUUGUUAUGAAUGUCUCAUUUGGAAUAUUAUGCUGGGCAUGAAUAGUAUCAGAUGAUAAAUGAAUUUACUUUACGUUAUGCUCUGCCAAAAAUCACUUUUUCCCACCAAAGGUUGUCUUGGGUUUUUUCCUCUGUAUUUGUACAUUCAGAUUUGUGGACUGCAGGAGGUUAUUUAUAGUUAUUGUAAAGUUAAGUCUUAUUUUGUGUACAAUUAAAAUCUUGAGCCAUGUUACA